CCUCACCCCUCCCAGAAUUCUCCAUUUUGUUUGUGUAGAGAGAUUUCAGAUCAUCUCACAGACCGGUAAGGUGUUCCAUGACAUGACUGGGAUCCGGCUGUAGAAGAACUAACACAGAGAAAAAAGAUGGCGGAGAUACCCAUCAUUUAUGAUAUUCAGGAAAAGCACAAACAACAUCUGAUGGAGAAGACGGAGACUCUAGAGGAGCAUAGACCCCCAGGAUCUACCCUGGAACCACAAAGAUUCCUCAUCGAUGAGCGUUAUGUGAACCUGGUUGUAGUCUCCACCGAUCAGUUCAAGGAACGUCCUCAGAAUGAACUGAUACAGACUGGGGUAAAUCAUGAGGAAUGCUUGAAGGACAUGCAAACUGGACUGGAACAUAUUUCCCCCAACAAGCUGUUCCGAAGGAACCCCCAGUCACAUUGUGUACCACAUGCAGUAAUGGUGAGCGGGGUGCCAGGAAUAGGGAAGACCACAAUGAUGCAGAAGUUUGUCUAUGACUGGGUGACCGGAAAACACUACCAGAGAUUUGCCUUUCUCUUCUUCUUCAGAUUCCGGGACCUUAAUAGACGUGGAGAGGUCAGUUUGGAGGAGGUGAUUCUUCAUCAAUAUCCAUAUCUGGAGGGUCAGAUUGGAGAUAUUUUACAAGAUCCAGAGAGACUUUUGUUUAUAUUUGAUGGAUUAGAUGAAAGUGUUCACCAAAUGGAUUUCAGAUCAAGUAGACUGUCCAAUCCAAAACAGAGAUCACAUUUUGGUGAGAUUGUGGACAGUUUGGUGAGGCAGAGUCUUCUUAAGGGUUGCUCUGUACUGAUAACCAGCCGUCCAACCAGACUGGCAUCAGUGGAUACCGGUGUUUUCCAGAGAAUAGCUGAGAUCAUGGGAUUUCUCCAUGAAGACAGACUGACCUUCUUUAAUAAUUUCUUUGGAGAUGAGGAAUUGUCAGAGAAGGCUUUUCAUUAUGUGCAGGAGAAUGACACGCUGUACACUUUCUGUUAUAUCCCAUCAUACUGCUGGAUCAUCUGUACAGUGUUAUCAAUGUGCUUCAGAGCCCAACCAACAAUCACUGAUCAGCUGAUGACAUCAUUACCCAAAACAGUGACACAACUCUUUGUGACAUUUGCCUCCAACAUUCUGGCCAAUCACAGCCAGAAUAAAGAUGGUGGUCACACUGCCCGUGAACUGCUGACAUCUAUUGGGUGGAUGGCAGAACAUGGAGUCAUGAGUCACAUGAUUGUAUUUGAUGAGCGUCAUCUGGAGUCAUUCAAUGUGAGAAAUGAUAAUCAUCUCUUCUCAUCUUUCAUGAUGGAAUCUGGUCAGCCUCCUGAUGUAGAUUACACCUUCUUACAUCUCACUCUUCAGGAGUUUUUUGCUGCUUUAGUCCAUUUUAUUAACUAUAAUCCUGAGAGAUUACAGGAAACACUUGAUAAAGCUGAAUCUUACAAAGAUGGCCGGGCUGAAAUAUUCCUCCGUUUCCUCUGCGGUUUUUCAGACUCUUCUACUAGAUGCAUGUUAAAGUCUCAUGUGGGAGAAUGGUCUACUCAGGCUGCCAGACAUGUAAUCACCUGGAUCCAGAAGAAAAUACCAGAACAAACACCUGACAAAUAUAUAACAGGCAGCACAGAGCUUCUUAAUGUAUUCUACUAUCUCUAUGAGAGCAGGAAUAAGGCUCUGGUGUCACAAUGUAUUGUAUCAAACAAAGUUGACUUUUCUGAGGUCCCCCUCAGCCCUCUGGACUGCUCUGUGCUGUCUUUUAUUCUUCAAUCCUGCAGAGAGAUAGAAGAAGUAAAUCUAGAUUCAUGUAAUAUUCAGAAUGAAGGAUUGAGUAAACUUAUACCGGCUCUACACAACAUCAAGAGCUUGAGAUUGUCCGAUAAUCACCUGACAGACAGUUCCUGCUCCCACCUGGCAUCUGGAAUAAGAAAUAACCAGACACUGAGGACACUGGACCUGUCUGAGAAAAAUCUGGAGGGUCCUCAUUUCAGGGAUCUGAUGGAAGCUCUGACAACAAGCCGGAUAGAGGAAUUACAAUUGUAUGAUAAUCAGCUGAAAGACAGUUCCUCCCCCCACCUGGCAUCUGGAAUAAGAAAUAACCAGACACUGAGGAUACUGAACCUGGGUGGGAACAAUCUGGAGGGUCCUCAUUUCAGGGAUCUGAUGGAAGCUCUGACAACAAGCCAGAUAGAGAAAUUACAAUUGAACAAUGAUCACCUGACAGACAGUUCCUGCCCCCACCUGGCAUCUGGAAUAAGAAAUAACCAGACACUGAGCAGGCUGGGCCUGUCUGAGAACAAUCUGGAGGGUCCUCAUUUCAGGGAUCUGAUGGAAGCUCUGACAACAAGCCGGAUAGAAGAAUUGGUAUUGUCCUAUUGUCACCUGACAGACAGUUCCUGCCCCCACCUGGCAUCUGGAAUAAGAAAUAACCAGACACUGAGGAGACUAAACCUGUCUACUAACAAUCUGGGGGGUCCUCAUUUCAGGGAUCUGAUGGAAGCUCUGACAACAAGCCGGAUAGAGGAAUUAGCAUUGUCCCGUAAUCACCUGACAGACAGUUCCUGCCCCCACCUGGCAUCUGUAAUAAGAAAUAACCGGAUACUGAGGACACUCAACCUAGGUGGGAACAAUCUGGAGGGUCCUCAUUUCAGGGAUCUGAUGGAAGCUCUGACAACAAGCCGGAUAGAGGAAUUAGUAUUGUCCUCUACUCACCUGACAGACAGUUCUUGCCCCCACCUGGCAUCUGGAAUAAGAAAUAACCAGACACUGAGGACACUGGACCUGUAUGAUAACAAUCUGGAGGGUCCUCAUUUCAGGGAUCUGAUGGAAGCUCUGACAACAAGCCGGAUAGAGGAAUUACAAUUGUAUGAUAAUCACCUGACAGACAGUUCCUGCCCCCAACUGGCAUCUGGAAUAAGAAAUAACCAGACACUGAGUACACUGAUCCUGAUUGGGAACAAUCUGGAGGGUCCUCAUUUCAGGGAUCUGAUGGAAGCUCUGACAACAAGCCAUCUAGAGGAAUUCGUAUUGUAUAAUAAUCAGCUGACAGACAGUUCCUGCCCCCACCUGGCAUCUGGAAUAAGAAAUAACCAGACACUGAGGAUACUGGACCUGUCUGAGAACAGUCUGGAGGGUCCUCAUUUCAGGGAUCUGAUGAAAGCUCUGACAACAAGCCAGAUAGAGGAAUUACGAUUGUCCUCUAAUCACCUGACAGACAGUUCCUGCCCCCACCUGGCAUCUGGAAUAAGAAAUAACCAGAAACUGAGGACACUGAUCCUGACUGAUAACAAUCUGGACGGUCCUCAUUUCAGGGAUCUGAUGGAAGCUCUGACAACAAGCCGCAUAGAGGAAUUACUGAUCAGAGAGAACUCCUUGUCAGAGGAAACAAGAAGAGAACUAGAAAAUCUGGAAAAGGUCCGACCAGAAAUGAAGAUUUAUAUGAUGUGACCUCAAAGGAGGAGACUCAGCUUCGGCUGUGAAUGGAGGAGGGGGGAGAGGAGAUUGGUGUGAAUGGAGGAGGGGACAUUGCUGUGGAGGGGACAUUGCUUUAAAUGGAGGAGGGGACAUUGCUGUGAAUAGAGGAGGGGGGAGGAUGAGAUAGCAGAAAACCCGACCCAAGAGGAGAAAAAUCCUCACAGAUGAACUAAUACACAGGACAGGAUGGGGGAUUCUGUUUUGUAAUGAAGGAGAUAAAAAAUAAAAUUUUUGUACUCACUGUAAAA